AUGGACAACAAUCAAAAAUUGUUAGCAGCUAUGGGUACGCAGUGGCAUUUUAUUAGCCCAAGCGCGCCGCAUCACGGCGGGCUCUGGGAGGCUGCCAUUAAAUCCGCCAAACACCAUCUAGUUCGCUGUGUUAGUGCUCAGACGAUGUGGUACAGCCAGAUGCAGACUUUGGCGACAUUAGUUGAAGCGUGUCUAAAUUCGCGUCCACUUCAUGGCGAUCCUGAGGACAAGCUCGCCCUUACACCUGGCGAUUUCCUAGUUGGCUCCCUGCUUUUAGCCGUACCAGGACCUGAUAUCAGCCAAGCUCCUGCAAUCGCCUGA